AUGUCCUCCAAGCUUCUUAUCAGCAGCAACCAAGGAACUCUGGGCAGCGAUCCCGAGUUGUGGGGUGCCAUCCGAAAUGCCAGCAAUUUUAAAAAUAUUCCCCGAUAUCUCUUUCGUGUGUGGAGCGCGCGUUCUGGCGGUGAUUCAAGCCUGAAUACGACCUUCUCUGUUACACCUCAUGCGUUUGCUCCCUACUACAACACAGGCCAUAAUUCCAUCUUUGAAAUGGAAUCCAAGUGGUUCAUCAAGAACCUCAUCGGCCACUUUUGCGCUCGCCCAAUACCCUCGGAGUUCUCAUCCUGGACUGCAUCCCCAGUGUUUGCACUUCGUGUAGCCUACAACGCGGCUGAGCAGAGGAAAGAGCGCAACGUUCACAUCGCUAUUGUGGAUGCCGAGAGGCUCAAGAAUACGGUCCUAUCAGUGCCAUUGACAUGGCCCAUAUUUCGUUCCCGUGCUCCGGAACAUGUCGAAUUUGUCCGGAGUAUCCACUUCGAGUAUCUUAUCCAUGGUGUAGUUCAGGGCGAAGCUUACAAGGCAGUAUCUCUUACCGCACUAGACAGCUGCGGUCUGUCAGACUACUUCUCGGCGUUAAAGACAAAGACUGGUGUAACCAGAUGCAUUCGCGAACACCUCUUACUCAAACUUCCUGAGCCAGUCAUGACCCUAUCCGGGCCGGAAGCUAAAACUCUUUUCAAGAUUGCUACCCUGUAUGGAGAAUCCUUUUGUGUCCCGUUCUUCGUCGCUCUGCGCAUCCACAAUCUGUUUCUAUCAAUACUUCGAACAACUUCGGCAGCCACGCCACAUCUCUCCACCAUAUUCGUCUACUUCUUCCUUACAAUGGCAGACAAAAAGGGCUUAGAAUUUAUCGCUGUUGUGGCCAUUAUCACUUUCUGCCUUGUACUCUGUCUCAAAUUCAGCCUUGUGCUACUUCGCGGCAACGUUUACCUCCUAUGCACAGUCAUACCCGUCGUCUUUCUGGUCCUUGCUAUCUUGAGAGAAUUCGAAGAAGCGCUACACAUACGCCUGGCGAAAGAGAUUUCGGACCCGGCUGCUCGGGCAAAAAGAUAUUCAGAACGUCGAGACUAUCAAGAACGGAGAUACCGCGAACACCUUGCCACACGAGAAGCACACGAGGAGUACUACAAGAAAGAGAGUGAGAGACUCUGGCAAGAAGAACAAGAGCGUGUGCUCCGCGAUUAUCACCAACCACGAGCACCUCGAUACGGACGAGAGACAAGCAAUCUCGCUGUCCCUGUGAGUGCAGUCUUUGCAGUAUGGCGCAAAGACUGUCGCACCCUUCUUCAGACACCCGAGCUCAUCACCAAAAUACCUCUGCCUCCUCAUGACUCUUGCCCACGCGGAAGGUGUAACUUGAGAUCCGACUAUUUCAAGAUAUGUUCACACCGACUGAAGCAAUUCUAUAUCGACUCGAACCUGGAAGAGAAAGAAUUGAAGGAUGAAUUGAGGCUAUGGCAUCCUAACGCUCAACUCAGUGUACCUCAGAUCAAGGCUCAAGUCUCACCACCUCCGUCAACAUGA